CAGAGCAUUAACACCUGCUGAACCAACUGGAAAACUGACAACUAUCUAUCUACACAGUUUUCAUUCGGAUCCCCCUCUACUACAACACAUACACACUCUUAACAGCAGUCGCAAUCUCUCCUCGCCAAAAUGGGUAAGGAAGACAAGACUCACAUCAAUGUCGUCGUCAUCGGCCACGUCGACAGUGGCAAGUCCACCACAACCGGCCAUCUGAUCUACCAAUGUGGUGGUAUCGACAAGCGAACCAUUGAGAAGUUCGAGAAGGAAGCCGCUGAGCUCGGCAAGGGUUCCUUCAAGUAUGCCUGGGUUCUUGACAAGCUAAAGGCCGAGCGUGAGCGUGGUAUCACGAUCGACAUUGCCCUUUGGAAGUUCGAGACACCCAAGUACUAUGUCACCGUCAUUGACGCUCCCGGCCACCGUGAUUUCAUCAAGAAUAUGAUCACAGGUACCUCGCAGGCCGACUGCGCUAUCCUCAUCAUUGCUGCCGGUACUGGUGAGUUCGAGGCUGGUAUCUCCAAGGAUGGCCAAACCCGUGAGCACGCCCUGCUCGCUUACACCCUUGGUGUUAAGCAGCUCAUCGUUGCCAUCAACAAGAUGGACACCACUAAGUGGUCUGAGGAUCGAUUCAACGAAAUCAUCAAGGAGACCUCCAACUUCAUCAAGAAGGUCGGCUACAACCCCAAGACUGUUGCCUUCGUCCCUAUUUCUGGCUUCCACGGUGACAACAUGUUGGCCGCUUCCACCAACUGCCCCUGGUAUAAGGGUUGGGAGAAAGAAGGCAAGGGUGGUAAGGUCACCGGCAAGACCCUACUUGAGGCUAUUGACGCCAUUGAGCCCCCCAAGCGCCCUACGGACAAGCCCCUCCGUCUACCUCUCCAGGAUGUUUACAAGAUUGGUGGUAUUGGAACUGUGCCCGUCGGCCGUAUCGAGACUGGUGUCCUCAAGCCCGGUAUGGUCGUCACCUUCGCCCCUGCUGGUGUCACCACUGAAGUCAAGUCCGUCGAAAUGCACCACGAGCAGCUUCAGGAGGGUGUCCCCGGUGACAACGUUGGUUUCAACGUGAAGAACGUCUCCGUCAAGGAAAUCCGACGAGGAAACGUUGCUGGUGACUCCAAGAACGACCCCCCCGCAGGCUGUGAUGACUUCACCGCCCAGGUCAUUGUCCUCAACCACCCUGGUCAAGUCGGUGCUGGUUACGCUCCUGUUCUUGACUGCCACACUGCCCACAUUGCCUGCAAGUUCGCUGAGCUACUUGAGAAGAUCGACCGACGAACAGGAAAGUCCGUUGAGAACUCUCCUAAGUUCAUCAAGUCCGGCGAUGCUGCUAUCGUCAAGAUGGUUCCUUCGAAGCCCAUGUGUGUUGAGGCUUUCACAGACUACCCCCCUCUAGGUCGUUUCGCUGUCCGUGACAUGCGUCAAACCGUCGCUGUCGGUGUCAUCAAGGCUGUGAACAAGAGCAGCAAGAGCGGUAAGGUCACCAAGUCUGCCGCCAAGGCAACUGGCAAGAAAUAAACUUGCCUACCACCAAAAACCUGACUGCAGUUGCCGGAUGUAUUACACCUUCGGCUCAUCUACUGCUUUGGUCUCUACGACAUGACCAACGCCUCCACGAAUUUCCUUUGCAUUCAUGACACGAUCUGGGACGUUUGACUUCGGAGCGCAAUAUGAGAGAGAGGAAGGGUUUAUGGGCAUUUCCGCAACAAAACUUUCUCAUCAUGUGCUUGUAGUAAAAUAGAGUCAUAGACCGUGAUUCCACGUCUUUCUUUUAU